AUAAGCGAAAAGUUCUGAGAGGGCGAGAUGGCGUAUCGGACAAAGUGUAUUAAAAAAAAAUCAUGAAAAUCAUUUUUGUACGCCACUGAUAUUUAGUGUCCACAUCUAAUGCCUAUAUUGAAGAUUUACUUCAUAGGAGUAACCCGUGUUACUCUUUGUUUCAGGCUUUCAAUUUUCGUGACAUGGACCUUUGCCACAGAGACGGAGAUGACAAAUCGAAUGAUGAACAAGCUGCAUGCUGGCGCCGAAAUCGGUCUCGUACUUGGUCGAAUUUGUUUUGGACGAUUAUUACGCUUCUUCGUCAACAAGAUAGAGUUGAGAUUGUGACCAUGACGCAGGAAGGAGGAGGCAUGCGAGGCUUGACGCAUCUCGUCAGCUACACGUCAGAUUCCGAUGAGGAACGAGGAAAAGACGAAGAAGAGGAGGAAGAGCUGAAGAAGGAGCAGGGGGAUGAUGAAGUGAUGGCCAGCAUACCAGAAGAAGAAGAAGUGGUGGAUGGAAAGGAUGAUACCAUGGUGGAAACCAUCCAGGAUGAGGAUGAUGAGAUGGAGAUGGGGACACCCUUGCAGGAAAGCCCAAGUCCAUCUUCAAAUGCCCCAAGCUUGGUGUCUUACGAGAGGUCAGAGACAAAGCCCAAGAAGAUCAAGAAGACCGGUCUGGUGUCGUACGAGGGUGAAGAGGAGGACGGGAGGAGAUCGAAGGAGGCCGGAGAAGAAGGAGAGGAUCUGGACGGGUCAUGGUUGGAGAUGAAACUCUCUCCUGGGGAUGACCUGGAAGACAGGGUUAAAGUUGACAAGGUCAAGCUUGUCGACAGUUCUUAUCUGAGUGCCUCGAUGUCACUGCCAGAAUCGGCCUUAUCACAAAACAUCCGUCGACUGAGUGCAGAUGAAGUCACGUUACCGCCUGAACCACCCGGCAGGUGCUCUAGACAUCUUCAGGAGAAAAUCAACUCGUAUUACAAGAAAAGCCUGAAUCUGAACCAGAUCAUCCAAAGAAGAAAAGACUUCAGAAAUCCAAGUAUAUAUGAAAAGCUGAUUGACUUUCUAGGUAUAGAUGAACUAGGUACCAACUACCCAAAGGAUAUGUACGACCCUUACUGUUGGAAAGAAAGCUCGUACUACGAUGCUUUAGCCAAAGCGCAAAGAGAAGAGAUACAGAAGAAGAAAGAGAAAGACAAGAAAGAAAAGACAAAGGUGGAGUUUGUCACGGGGAUGGUGAGGAAAACACAGAUCCAGGCACCGCUGGUCACCAGCACCACCGGUGUAGCGGUACCAUCAACAUCAACAAGCAACCCGGGCACUGGCCAUGAAGAGAAAAAGAGAAAGAGCAAGUGGGAUAACCCUGGGCAAUCUCUUCCUGCGCCGGUACCUCUGAUGCAACGACCCGUCGUCUACGUUGUCACCACCACCAUAACCACCUCAACGGCCGUCUCGACAACCACAUCAGCGUCAGGAUCAAAGACAACGGUCAUCUCAUCAAUAGGGGCAAUAAAGAAACAGAAAGUGGAGAAAUAGUAAUAACUAUUUCACGGAUGACUUGAAUAUAUUCAUCAUGUGGGGAUUUAGCAGAUACUAUCUGAUGGAUGACUAGAAACAGAUGGUGAAAUAGCAAAGACUAUCGCAUGGAUGGCUAGAUCCAGGUGGUGAAAUAGCAAAGACUAUCAUAUGGAUGACUAGAAAGUAACAGUUGAUGGUGAAACAGCAAAGACUAUCACAUGAGUGACAAGAAAUAUUUAUCGUGUAGGGAUUUUUAGCAAAGAAUGUUUCAUGGCGUGAGAGAAGCGGAAGGUUGAGAAAUGACCAUGAAUAUUUUCUCGGUUGAAAGAAAGAGGUGUUAAAAUAUCAAAAACUAUCUCACAAAUGAUUGGAAAGGGUUCAUCAAGUGGGGGUUUAGCAAAGAAAAAGUUCUUGGGGGACAGAAACAUAAGGCUGCGGAAUAGCAAAGAUUAUCUCAUGGAUGACAAGGAAUAAUAAUCUUGUAGGGAUUUAGCAAAGAAUAAUUCCCUGGGUGAAAGAAAAUAGGUGGAGAAAUGGCAAAGAUUAUCUCAUGGAGGAUCACAACUUUCCCUCAUAUUGAUAUCGUAGUGACUAUUUCAUGGGCGAGAUAGAGAGGUGGCGAAAUAGCUAAAAAUAUCUCAUUUAAAACUGGACGCUCUUCCUCCUUUUAUUGAAAAACUGUGUCAUGGUGGUCUAGGCAUUGUGGGAGAUAGGGAUGGAAUGGAAUUAAUCUAUCAGUGAAUCAUGUGUGAGAUGAGAGAUGAAGAAGGCAAGGGUAAUAUCUCCUUGUCAGUGUGACAGAAAAACUUGGUGCUAUUGCUAAUGGUUCAGAAGGACACCAAGAAGAACCGUCAAGAUGACAGAUAUGUUUCUUAAGUAGAAAUUGGAAAACAAUUUUUGUUUAUAUAUACAUGUAUCUAGAUAGAGAGAGAUGUGUCACCGAAUGACUUUGUUGGGUGAAUUGCCAUUGUUCUAGACUGGCUUUGCCUAUUUAAAGUUUGGCUCAUGCUCCGGGCUGGAGAUAUUUAUAUCUAAAUUAAUAGAGUAAAAUUCAGAGCAAAAUGCUGAGAAUUUCAUCGAAAUCGGAUAACAAAUAACAAAGUUAUUGAAUUUUAAAGAUUUGCAAUAUUACGGUGAAACAGUUCUAGGCAUGUCUUCAUGAAUAUUCAUUAUGUGGGCUGAUGAUGUCACAUCCCCACUUUCCUAUUUCUUAUUUCUUAUGUUAUUAUAUGAAAUCAUAAAUGUUUCAUUUUGUUCAUGAAUGUGUAAAUGAGGUGUCUCCUCUAUGAUGAAAUAAGUUUCAGCAAUAAUGCACUUAAUCAGUUGUCCAUUCAGUUUUAGUUUUUGGUAGAAAUAUUUUGAAUAAACCCAAUUUCAUAUACUGGUACUAUAAUGAAAUACAAAAGAACAAGUGGGGAUAUGAAAUCGUCAGCCCAUCUUAUGAAUAUUCAUGACGACAUGCCUAGAACUCUUUCACCGGGAUAAUGCAAAUCUUUAAAUUAAAUUGCUUCGUUAUCCGAUUUUGAUGAAAUUUUCAGCAUUUUGCUCUUUUUGAAUUGUACUCUAUUGAGAUAUAGUAUCUUCAGCCCGGAGCAUCCCUUUAAAGCUAUUUAGUGGUUAGAUGAACUGUUUAUGAACAAAAUUUUAAUUUCAUGCAAUUCUCACUUCAUGCAAAGUUAUACUUGUAGAUGAAGUAGACAUUAGACUGUCCGGCAUAAGACUCGUUACAUAAAAGUUACUGUUCAGUAACUUUGCCAUCCCAUGGUAACUACCAUGGUAACGCUGAUCAACAGCCAAUCAAAAUCAAGGAUUCCAUGCAAGUUGCCAUUGCAUGGCAAAGAAACCAUAAUGGUAGCUUUUAUGCAACGGGGCCCUGGUCUAAAAUACUGGGUCCUGCUUCAUAAAGACUUGUUAUAAUAACAAUUUCUAUAACACAUUUACUAUCAGCCAAUCAGCGUGAAGGAUUUCAGUAGCUUUUAACUAUUACUGCAAAUUUGUUAUUUCAUUAGGUUUUAUGAAACAGGACUCCAGAUCAUCUUUUCCAAAAAAUAUAGUGGUGUGAGAUGAAAGGUGGGUAUUCGUUUCAAAUUAAGAACUAUUGUGUUGAAAUUGGACAAAAUCUCUUUUUAAAUUCCCUUUGGAAGGAUGUUGCAAAGUUUAAAGCCUAUGAGACUAUUUUCUAAUUCAUAAAUGCUCCUGUUCGGGAUUGCAAGGCUGGUCAAUAAAACUAUCCUUCACAAUACUCUCUAUUCUACACCCAGUUUUCACAAAAGGGUUACUUAUUAGAAGUCAUCCAUGAAAGCACGAUUACCAAUUCCUAUAAAGUCCAUAGCUAACGGGCCACUGUAUUAUAAUGAAGGUUUGUACAUUUGUGUAAAUAUUCAACAUAAUAAAAUUAACGACAUUUUUCACAUAGAA